AUGGAUGCAAAAGAUGCUGAUAUUUUAAAAUUCUUAGAAGACUAUAAAGCUUCGGAAUCACUAAAUAUAUUUAUGGCUUUAAGGGAAGAAUGCCAAAUUAAUUUUGACCCUCCAAUUGUCUUAGAACACCAAAUAUUAAUAGAUGAUGGAAGAAAAUCUUCGUUACAAGAUUUGGAGAUGUUAAUUAAAGAUGGAGCUCUUAAAAAACUUAAAAUACCUCAAAUAGAUAUUUUAACUAAUAUGACGACUUAUGGCUAUGUUCUAACUAGUGAUAUAAUAAGAGUAACUCAUUCAAAGUUAAUUCAUAUUGUAAGAGAUGAUGAAACUUGUACGGGAAUUAAAAUAUGCUUGGAUAAAGAUAGUUGUGCUAUGGGGAAAUUAGAUAUUAUAUUUAUACCAGAAUUAAUUAAUUGGAUGAAAAUAAAAAUCUUUCCAAUUUUUACAGGCCUUAAGAUUAGUAAUGCUGAUAUGAUGAAUUGUUUAAAUAAAUUCCUUGCAACCUUUAAUAUAGAUAAAGGAAAUCUUCAACUAUGUAAAGAGCAUAUUAGAUUAUUAAAUACUGAUAAAUUACUUACAUAUUUAAUGAGAAGUGGAAUUUUAAGAAGAGAUGAGGAAUUACCAAAUAAAUUUUUAGCUUUUUCAAUACCAACUAUGGGUGGUUUUAUUCAACAACUUGAGAGUGGUAAUAAGGCAAUCAUUACAGCUCUUAAAAGAUUUAAGUAUAAUGAAACCACUCUUGACAAGUUGGAAUGUAUUAAUUUAGGAAAGUCCAAUUUUACAUUAGAUUUUCAUUUACGUGAUUUACAAGGUAGAGGGAUUUUAAAAAAAGAGUAA